AUGGCGGAUACCGGUACGUCCGGUGGGAGAAUAGAUGAUACGAGAAUAGAUGAUACACAUACGAUGCUCGCGGAUAUGUUAACAGUUCCUAAUAUAGAUCAAUCUGAAGAUGCCGAGGAUGCUGACGAGUCGGGAAAUGCUGGAGGCGUGACUGAUCAUGAGGAGCUAGCGCAGAUAAUGAAAUUAAUUAACGACAAUGAAAAUGAUCUGUAUGAGGGUUGUACCGAGUUCACCAGGUUAUCAUUUAUGCUGCGUCUUUUGCGUAUAAAGUCUCUUAGCGGAAUGGCGGAUAAAUAUUUUAAUAUGUUGCUUGUGUUGCUGAGAAAAGUCAUUCCAAAUGGAAAAGAUAGCAUACCAGAAAAUUAUGAUAACGCAAAGAAGAUUGUUUCCGUUAUAGGACUUGAUUACAAUAAAAUCGACGCAUGCCCUAAUGAUUGUAUCCUCUACUAUAAGGAUAACAAAGAUCUUCAGGAGUGUCCAAUUUGUGGAGUAUCACGGUGGGUACAACGCAAAAAUUAUUCAACACAUGGGACAACAAGGUCUAUGCUUAAGCAAAAGAAGAUUCCAGCAAAGGUCCUGCGUCAUUUUCCCUUAAUACCAAGGCUAAAACGGUUGUAUAUGAAUAAAGACACUGCUAAGCAAAUGAGGUGGCACAUGGAGGAACGUAUUGAUGAUGGUAAAAUCAGACAUCCGGCCGAUGCAGAGGCGUGGAAGCAUGUGGAUAGAACUUUUCCUUCGUUUGCGAAUGAGUGCAGGAAUGUUAGACUAGGUUUGUCUAGCGACGGAUUUAAUCCAUUUGGGAUAAUGAGUUCUGGUUGGUCUACAUGGCCUGUUGUAUUAACACCUUACAACUUACCGCCUUGGCUUUGUAUGAAACAACCGUAUAUGAUACUUUCAUUAUUGAUACCGGGCAAGCAUGCGCCAGGCAAUGACAUAGAUGUGUUUUUAGAACCGCUAAUUGAUGAGUUAAAACAACUCUGGACUGAAGGGGUUAUGACUCAUGAUACUCAUGCAAAGCAGUCUUUCAGACUAUGUGCUAUUUUACUAUGGACAAUUAAUGAUUUUCCAGCCUAUGCGAAUCUUUUAGGUUGGUCUACAAAGGGAACAUAUGCAUGUCCAGUGUGUGGUCCAGAAUUCAAAGGUCUUUAUCUGCAGCACAGUCGAAAGUUUUGUUAUUGGUUUAAUAGAAGGUGGUUGAACAUAAAACACAGGUACAGAACCAAAAAAUGGAGCAAGUUUUUUGAUGAUACUGUUGAGAAGAGAGAUGCUCCGCGUCCAUUACGUGGGGAUCAGAUUGUACAUUUGCUUGAGAUGUUCCCUGCCGUCAGGUUUGGAAAGAAGCGCUAUUCGAAAGAAGAUUUACUUGGAGUAAGGAACUUGCGUAUUAACAAAAGGAUACCAAAACGAAAGAGACAAGCACAAGUGGUGAGUGAUGGGGCUGAAGUCGUAAAAUUACCUUCAGGAUGGACAAAAUUCAGCAUUUUUUUUCAACUCCCCUAUUGGAAAGAGCUAAAAAUACGUCACAACUUGGACGUUAUGCACAUUAAAAAAAAUAUUUGUGAUAAUCUUUUGUCCACACUGUUGCAAGAUGCUAAUAAAUCAAAGGAUGAUCUACGAGCUCGUCGAGAUCUAACAGCAUUGAACAUUAGAGAGGAACUGCAGCCAAAAAAUGUCGGAAAUGACCGAUUAGAGUUGCCUACGUCUCGUAUUACAAUGUCAAAAGUUGAGAUGCAAACAUUUUGUCAAGUCCUCAAAUCAAUAAAGUUACCAGAGGGUUAUUCCGCAAACAUAUCGAACUAUGUCCAGGUGCAAGAAAGGAAAAUAUUAGGGCUUAAAACUCAUGAUUAUCACGUGCUUCUUCAUCAAUUGCUACCUGUGGCACUACGCAGUACUAUGCAGAAUAAAAAAACAGUGAAGGUUAUUAUUGAUUUUUGUAGAUUUUUUAGAAAGCUUUGUUCUAAAGUUAUAGACGCCCGUGACUUUGAGAAACUUGGAGAAAAUAUUUCUGAAACAAUGUGUGAAAUGGAGAUGCUCUUUCCUCCAUCUUUUUUCACAAUAAUGGUUCAUCUUACACAUCAUCUCGCGGAGGAGGCUGCAAUAGCAAGACCAGUCCAUUAUCGUUGGAUGUAUCCAAUAGAGAGAUAUUUGGGUUCAAUGAAGCGUCAAUUGCGUAACAGAGCUCGCCCAGAAGGUUCAAUAGCUGAAAGUUACGUGAGAAGCGAGUGUCUCUUAUUUGCCUCUCGUUAUAUGAGAGGGGAACAAACUGAACUUCAAGCACCCGUUGAUAAUAAGGAGUACACAAUUCUCUAUCCUCGCGGGCUGAACAAAAAUUAUUCUAGCAUAUUGUUAGAUCAAGCGCAUGCAUAUGUUAUAAAUAAUCUUGAAAUAUUCUCGGAGUACCGGAGGCAACAUCAGGAAAAACUUAAGAAUGAAGUUACCGGUAGUACAGCGGUACAUGACAUUAAAGAAAGACAUAUGAAGGAAUUCCCUGCUUGGUUGAAUAGUGAAAUCCAGGAACAACUUGUCCUUAAUAAUCAAAUAUCAGAAGAAGUGAAGGUUCACGCAAAGCGGCCUUACUAUGCUAUAAUUCACUAUGGUGGGUAUCGUGUUAACGGUUAUAAAUUUCACACAAUGGAGGUUGGUGAUACGAAGGUCACCCAGAAUAGUGGUGUCAUGGCUACCUUCUCACGGGAAUGUUUCUCAAACAGAAGAGAUCAGAAUCCAGUUGAAAAUAAUAUGACAUAUUAUGGAAGGUUGGAAGAUGUGGUGGAGAUAUUCUACGGCUAUGGUGGUCCAAAUGAACAUAAAUACAUGAUGUUCAUGAUUCGUUGGUGUUUUACAAAGACUCAAAAGGAUCCCUUUGGAUUUACAAUUGUCAAUCUCGAUAAAGAAAUUGAUAGUGAUGAAAAAUUCAUGUUUGCAUCUCAGGUGGGACAAUGUUUCUAUGUGAAAGAUCCUACAGUUAAAGACGAGUGGGUUGUCUUGUACAAGGAUUCUAGGGCUUAUAUUCAACCUUCCACGAAUGAAGAUGAUGACGAGAGCUAUAUAAACAACUUCAAUGAGCCAAAUACAGCGAUCGAUGAAUUCUCGUACCCUCAAAACGUAGUGCUUGAAACGGAUGCUCCAACAACUCGGACAGACAUUCCAAAUAUUAUCACAGACAUUAAUAGGAGCUAA